UUGGAAUGUGCACCGUGCCCUCAGCAGGAUCUCAGGCCCCUGUACGGACUUUCUGCAGGCGGUCCUCACAACCAAGGAGGAAGAUGAAGGCUCGGGCUCCCCCGCCUCCUGGAAGGCCCGCGACGCCCAACGCGCACAGCGGACCGAAGCCGCGCCGGGACGCUUCCCCCGGGCCCCCGCCGCACCUGCUGCAUAUGAAGGAGAACCUGCGGAACAGCGCGGUGGCCGUCACCGUGGUUCUGCCCAGCGGCCUGGAGAAGAAGAGCGUGGUCAAUGGCAGCCAUGCCAUGAUGGACCUACUGGUUGAACUUUGCCUUCAGAACCACCUGAAUCCAUCCCACCACGCCCUCGAGAUCCGUUCUUCGGAAACCCAACAGCCUCUGAGUUUUAAGCCAAAUACUUUAGUUGGGACCCUGAACGUUCACACUGUAUUCCUCAAAGAGAAAGUUCCUGAAGAGAAGGUGAAGCCCGGCCCACCUAAGGCCCCUGAGAAAUCUGUGCGCUUGGUAGUGAAUUACCUACGAACGCAAAAGGCCGUUGUGCGUGUGAGCCCCGAGGUGCCGCUCCAGAACAUUCUCCCAGUCAUCUGUGCAAAGUGCGAAGUCAGCCCGGAGCACGUGGUCCUCCUCAGGGACAACAUUGCUGGGGAGGAGCUGGAGCUUUCCAAGUCUCUCAAUGAGCUGGGGAUAAAGGAACUCUACGCCUGGGACAAUAAACGAGAAACCUUUAGAAAAUCGUCACUUGGCAAUGAUGAGACAGAUAAAGAAAAGAAAAAGUUUCUGGGAUUCUUCAAAGUUAAUAAGAGGAGCAGCAGUAAGGGCUGCCUGACAACGCCCAACUCCCCAUCCGUGAACCCUCGUUCCGUUCCGUUGGGUCCAUCGCUGUCGCUCAGCAACAUCUCGGGGGUGUCUGUGAAGUCAGACCUGAAGAAGCGGCGGGCCCCUCCGCCCCCGACCUCGCCUGGCACGGGGCCACCGGUGCAGGACAAGGCCUCGGAAAAGGUAUCUCUGGGCUCACAGAUUGACCUGCAGAAAAAGAAGAGGCGGGCGCCGGCCCCCCCGACGCCGCAGCCCCCGACGUCCAGCCCCCUGGUGCCGCCUCGCACUCAGGACAGGGAGGAAAACAGGAAGAGCGCCACGGUGUAUUGCUGUGCAUCAUUCCCUCCUCAUGCCAAGCGCUUCUGAUGGACGGCCCUUCCUGGAGCUCCUUACCUCUGACUUUCCCUGUGCCUCUGCUGUCCUGACUCUCCUUCUCCUGUUCUUCCACCUGUUGGCAUAAAAGGGCUCAUUUGUACCCCCUGCAGUGUACUUUCUCUAGAAUUUACAUAUAAAUGUGUAAACAACA